UCUUACAACUCACAACACAUUCAUACAAGCUACAUUACUUGUCUAAAUUCGGCAUAGCUGCUGCUUCUAUGAUAAAUUUCUCGGACACGACAAUGCUGGAGUUCAUCACUAUGUUUAGGGUAAUGGGUCUUGUCCUAAUGGUGACCCAAGGUUGUUUAGCCGCCAACCAAAAACAUGUUGAUGAGCAAUGCAGGUUUACUAGAUACUCUACCCUUUGUGUUGACACAAUGACAGGGUUGGGGUCUGAAAAUCAAAAGCCUGACAUUUUGUCAGCUCUUAUAAACAAAACCAUCUUAGAGACCCAGCUUCCUACUUCCUACUUCACCAAAUUCACCACUGCUCUCCAUGUCGAUGAAGCCCAACAUGUCAAUUCCAUCACAGGAUAUUGUGAAGAGCUAUUGAGCAUGUCUUUAAAGCGGCUCGAUCAGUCAUUAUUAGCUCUUAAGAAUUCUCCUAACAAAAACAAACACGAUAUCCAGACAUGGAUAAGUGCUGCCUUGACAUACCAACAAGCUUGUAAAGACUCUGCGGACAGUCAUAAUUUCUCCAAUGGUGACUUGAUGGGACAAAUAUCUCAAAAAAUGGAUUACUUGUCUCAAUUGGGCAGCAACACUUUAGCCCUUGCCAAUAGGAUACCUGGUGAGUUAACCCAUUUCACCAAGUCCCGCCGGCUAGCCGAGGCUGAUCGGGUUUUCCCCGAAUGGUUAUCCGCGAAAGAUCGGAAACUACUUCAAGUGCUGACAGUAAAAGCCAAUGCUGUAGUGGCAAAAGAUGGAUCGGGAAAUUAUAAAACAAUCUCGGAAGCUAUUAAUGCUGCUUCUGGGGGACGAUUUGUGAUUUACGUGAAAACUGGAGUUUAUAAAGAAAAAAUUCGUACUAAUAAAGAUGGUAUUACUAUGGUUGGAGAUGGUAAAUAUAGUACUAUCAUCGUCGGUAGUGACAGUGUAAAUGGUGGCUCUUCCAUGCCCGGUUCCGCCACAUUUACUGUUACCGGUGAUGGAUUUAUGGCUCGAGAUAUCGGAUUUCAAAAUACAGCCGGUCCUCAAGGAGAACAAGCCUUAGCUCUUUACGUUGCCUCCGAUCAUUCGGUUUUCUAUAGGUGCAGCAUUGCAGGGUACCAGGACACACUGUACGCACUUUCCCUGCGUCAAUUCUAUAGAGAAUGCGAUAUUUACGGCACGGUCGAUUUCAUAUUCGGUAACGCGGCCGCAGUUUUCCAAAGUUGCACAUUGGCACUUCGUCGCCCUUCCGGCUACAAUGUGAUCCUUGCGAGUGGACGGUCGGAUCCCGGACAAAACACCGGCUUCUCGGUUCAGAAUUGUCGGAUCGUGCCAAGCUCGGAUUUUUCUCCCGUUAAACAUAGCUUUGAAUCAUAUCUUGGUAGGCCCUGGAAGCAAUAUUCGCGAGCAGUAGUGAUGGAAUCAACAAUAGACAAUGCCAUCGCUUCAAGAGGUUGGGUCGAAUGGCCCGGAGAAGGGGGUUACUCGAAAUCGUUGUAUUUUGCCGAGUAUGCAAAUGUCGGACCCGGAGCUGGUACUGCCGGGAGGGUAACCUGGCCAGGAUUCCAUGUUAUCGGACGUGACGAAGCUGCCAAAUUUACAGUUGAUAGGUUCAUUGCCGGAAAUUUUUGGCUGCCUUCAACUGGAGUAACUUUCAUCUCAGGCCUCCAGUAAUUUAUGUAGAAAAAUAAAUAUAAGGGCAUGGAUUAAUUAAUAUCCCCUACAUACACAAAUUACAUAGUUAUUAUUGUACAAGGUGUAAAUAUAAGAUAAAGAUAUAUAUAUACAUAUAAAGUGUGAAUUAUUAUUCGGUCAAUCAUUAUUGAAAUAAAUAAAAAAAUUGACUCAUUUUAGA